CCGGCCGCCCCAUGGAUAAGGCGGGCUCGCUGCACACCUCGGUGCCCACGCCGCCGCCCCGGCUCUACCUGCCGCGCAACUUCAGCUGCAGCGCUUGCCUCUAUGGCAGCCUGGCCGAGCAGUGCAAGGGGGGCUGCAGCCCCGACGGCGACGCCGCGCCCCCGCCCGUGGUGCGGGAAGCGGCGGGCGAGAAGCCGCCGCCGCCGCCCCGCGGCCGGGAGCCCUCGCUGCCCGCCGUGCCCCCCAGCCCCACGCAGCGCCGCCGCGCCAAGUCGCUGCCCACGCCCGGCGACCGCAGCCUGCGCCCGGCGCUGCAGCAGAGCCCGUCUCGCCGCAAGACGGUGCGGUUCGCCGACUCCCUCGGCCUGGAGCUCACCUCCGUGCGCCACUUCUGCGAGGCCGACCUGCCGCAGGUGCCGCUGCCCGCCCCGCCGCCGCCGUCGCGCACCGCCGACCUCUUCAAGACCAGGAAGCCGCCGGCGCUGGGCGACCUGGAGCCGGUGCUGUUCGGGCCGCCGCCGCCGCUGCUGGAGCCGCUCUUCCCGCCGCAGCCCGGCGCCAGCCCCGGCUUCGCGGAGCGGGUGCGGCGGCACAAGGUGAGGCUGGAGUGGGUGCGGGCCGAGCCGGCGGGGCUGCGCGGCGCCGUGCGCGUCCUCAACCUGGCCUACGAGAAGGCCGUGUCGGUGCGCUACACGCUCAACGGCUGGGCCAGCUGCGCCGAGGUGCCCGCCGCCUACCAGCCGGCCGGGCCGGCGGACGGCCUCACCGACCGCUUCGCCUUCCUCCUGCCCCUGGGCGCCGCCGCCGCCGAGGCCGCCCUGGAGUUCGCCGUCCGCUACCGCGUCGCCGGCGCCGAGUACUGGGACAACAACGAGGGCAAGAACUACCGGCUGCGGGGCCGGCAGCGCGGCCCGCCCGCCGCCGGUCCCCCGCAGGACCCCGACAGCACCGCCUGGAUCCACUUCAUCUGAUGAGGCGCGGGGCGGCGGCCGCCUCCUCCUGAGAGGAGGGGGGGGAAAGCCGCCGCCUCAGCGCCGAGGGGCAGCGCGAAGCCCCGCGGGGCCGGCGGGCCGGUCCUGCCCCCGCCGAGGGCUGAGGAGGGCCGCGGCGGGAGCCCGGCGGGCCCUCCCCUUCGCCGGGGGGCUCGGCACCCCUCCGGCCUCGCCGGCGGUCCGCGGCCCAGCGCAGGCCUCGUUUCCAGCCGCCCCUCUGUUAAGCGGCCGGAAGGUAUUUUCCCGAAUUCUGUUUACAGGUGGAUAAUUUGUAUUUUCUGUGGCCCCGGCCAUGUCGAGGGGAAACCUCGCGGGCUGUCGGCGGGGAGGCCGGGGGCACGGCGUGCGGCCCCACGCACGGUCUCUGCCUCAGUUCUCCCGCGGCUACCGGCAAAGCAGCUGCCCGGCCAGGCUCCGGAGCCAGGUGCCGCAGGGUAUUUGCGGAAUUUCCUAGUCAGGACCGGGACCAGCAGGUGCAAAGAUGUGCUCCCGGGUGCCGGAGGUCAGGACCAGCGGGGUCAGGGCUCUGGAAGCGCGGAGGGCAGUGUCAUAGGGCAUCCGUCCGGCCAUCCUGUUUGCUUAAUCCUGCUUAAGCAAAGCCCGGCUCCGGCGAGGUGCUGGAUCUGUGCUUAGAGCCUCGCUGACCCGCUCGUGGUCAUUGCCCUGCGGGGUUAAGGGCCUGACAGGGCAGGGUUAAGGGACAGACUGCAGUUUUGAACCCAAAAAGGCAAGAGUACGGAUGCCCCCGGGUGUAGCUGUGUUUCAUCGCACUGUAAAAGCGACCGAUUGGUUUAAAGCAAAGUUAUACUUAUUUUUUUAUUUUUGAACCUUGUUUCAUGUGUUUAAGCAUAUUCAGAGAAGAAAAAUAACGCCACAUACCAAUUGAAAUGCAACCCACUGAGAGAUUUUAAAAAGCAAGUGUUUUGUUUUCAGGUUCACGUGCCAUGUUGUAAAGGUUUGUCAGGAUCUGAUGUUUGUUUCAGUAGGAUUGGUCCCAUAAAGCUGCUUGUGUUCAGGUCAGCAGGAAAGUCGGGGAACUGCACCAAAGGAACUAGAGGUGGCAGGAGUUGAAUCCGCAAUUUUAGUCUGCAUCCCAAGCAACACUUUCAGUUGUAUUCCUGUUAACAGUUUAACUGAACUUCUUAUGCUGAGCUGUUGGUGCAGGAGCCUGCUUUCUGAAAAACAAAAUGCUCCAAAUUUUUCAUAAUUUCAGCAAGUGACAGAUUUCACAAAACUGGCUAAAUUUAGUCAGACAAAUUGAAGAAAGUCAUAUCUUGCCAUAUAAAAAUAUAUCAAUAAAAAUUACAGAGCAUGCUGACUUCUGCCUUCAGAGAUAGGUUUUAAAUUGUAUUAGCGGUAAACAUAGUAUUUUCCUUUUAAAACUUGCUUUUUCAGGAGUUCAGCUGAAUGCAAGUUGUGCUGGUGCCAAAUCUGGGUGCUAAUUUUCCAGGAUUUAGGCGUGUAUGUGUUUGCAGGAGAGGGACCUCUAGAAAUGCGACUUCUGAGAGUGGUAAAACCGAUGUCAGUGUGAUCUUCCGAUUAUGAAGGGCUGUAAGAUCAGGCCUUUAAUGUUUUGGAUCUUCUGUAGAUUGUUUAGGAACGAAAUGUGAUUUUUAACUGCGUUUUUGUGUUCCUCAAAAGAGUUAAGUGUCCCAAACGGCUUGAGUAAUGUCGAGUUCUCAUAGAACCUUUUGACUUCGGUGGGAAAUGAGAGUCCUUUUGUCUCCUGAGGGUCUGGUUUAGUCAGAAUAAUUGAACUUAUAAAUUCGGGGGGGGGGGGCAGGGAAAGGUCUGUUAACUUGAAUGGGAAAAGAGUAUUUCAUUUAAUUUCUCCAGAUCACUGUUUCUGAUUUAAUAGAAGUAACAGCAAGACUACUUUCUGGAGUAUUGGUAACUUGGUUUUAAUUUCCCAGUCGGUUUUCUAAUCCCUGUGUUUUUAAUAGAAACAGAAUAUAAAAUAAAUGUACUGUCAACAGCUACUGAGUAUUUCAUAUUUUAGAAUAUUAAGGGCCCCAGUCUUGUAAUAAAGUAAUCCUAUAUAUUGCUAGUACACAUUUAUAAAGCUAGAAUUGCAGAACUAGGGUCUUAAAGUGGUCAUGAUUAAAGCAUAUUGAGUGGUAUAUUUGAUAAAGAAAGCCCAAGUGUCUUUUAGUUAAACUUAUCUUUCUUUAUAAGAGCCUUAAUAGUGGAGAGAAGGAAAAGGACUUGUCUCCAUUUGGAAGCACUUUGAAAUCUGGUGGAAAUAUAGCCAAACAUCUUUUUAUUUAUGUGUUCUAGCUUUCCAGAACAUUUUUUGCUUGGCCUUUUUUACCCAAAUAGUGAACCGACAACUGUUAUGUAGAUUGAUGAAAAUGCUCGGAGAAAAAAAUAGUUUCUAUGCAUUUUAGAUUAACUGAUGCUGCAACUUUGCUUAUAAAGAUUUAACAAGAUUUCCUGUUUACUGUUUUAAUGGCUUUAGAAACAUGAGCAGUCCUAAAACCCUUUUUAACAGUGAAUAACUCUUAAUUCUACAACUUCAAAAUUAUUUUCCAGCGAAUGGCAGUUUUCAUUGUCGUUUGACUUAUGCAGCAUCUGCAGGUCUCUAAUCGUUUAAAAAUCUCCUUACAGCAACUGUGGCUUGUAAACCCUUUAAAUUCGGAAUACCUAAAUGGAUGUACAUGCAUCAAGUACACUAGCAAGCUGUUGUAUUACCAUUUUUUUUCAGCAUGGCUGAGGUGAAAUGACUGUUGCUCUCGGUUGAACUUUUGUAGGCAGAAUUGGGCUAUGGCUUUACAGUACUGUUCAGAUAUUAAUGCUCUUUUAUUUAUGGCCCCCUUUGUCAAACACAAAUCUGAAUAUUAAACCUUUUGAGGAUGUAGCAUACCAGAAGAAUGUUUUGCAAAACAGAGUCUCCUGAGCUUUCAAGCAGUUAAGCCUGUCCUCAACACUGAAUUUUGUGAGUAACUUUAUGGGCUUGAACUGGAAUCAGACAUUAUUGAUGAUAUAUGUGCAAGUCCAGUAAAAGACAUGGUCUGCUAGAAGCAUUUAUAAACACCUACUUUUUAAAGCCUGGAAAGGUAAGGUUGCACCUGGUCAGCUUUGACCAGACAAUGCUGUUGAUGAAGUCUGUGGAAGAAGUUUGAGGUGUUUUAAUGGAAAUUUAUCAGUGGUAUAUGCCAAAGCUGCACUACUUUGAUUACAUAUUUUCACUUCUAUCACAUGAAUUUAUUUCCAAGCAAGAUUUAUUCAGAUUUCCAAAACCACAUUCAGUUGCAAUGACCGUGAGUACUUUUUCCACUGCCAGCUCUCAUGUACAGUUUCCAGUCCUUUAGAUUUCAAUCUGUUGCUAUCUAUGUGUGGCUUGCUAGAGGCAUUGUGAUAAAUGGAGAUGAAAUAAAAAUCCCAAAUAAUAAUUAUAUAAUAUUCACAUAAAUUAUGACUUUGAGGAGGAGAACCUGUGUUGAAGAGCGUAAUUUUCAAGUUGGCAGGACAUCAAUCAUUUUAACGGGAACAGGAGCAAAACUUUUUAAAAUCACAUUUCUAAAGAAUAUAGUUCCACAAAAUGAACUUUCACAGGCAAAGUAAAAUAUUGGAAAAUUUUCAAGCCAACCUUUUUCUGGAAAAAAUGUCAGCUCUUUGUAUUUUCAUUUGCAUGAAUAGAGCCCAUGCCACCUUCCUUUCCAAGUGACACUAGAAUGGUUUAGGCAAGGGCAUAAUCCUUAGGUCGCGUACUUCACUUUUAAGUAAAUUAUACAUUGCUUAUGUCUCUGCAGAUGUAAAAAUGUGUCUGUCAUUUAUUGUGCAAAGUUGUAGCUUUAUGAAAUGUGCCACGUUAUUUUAUGUGCAAUAUAGCGAUACUUUAUACAGUGAGUCAAAUUGUACUGUAUGUCUGAUAUACAUUGAUGUUUGCUGCUUCACGCUUAAACUGGUAGAUUUUUUGCAUGUGAUUCUAUGCCUUUCAUGGCAAUAUUUCUGAAAUCUACCCUAAUUCUUAGAAAUCCUAAAAGGAAUCAGAACUAUUAAGUGACUGUAAAUGGAAUUUUAGCUAGCUAAACGUAUUACUGUUUAUUAGCAUAAAAUCAGUAACUGAAACCGUCCUACUCAUUUUCAACAAAUGUACAUAAUUUCAGGUAAAUUAAUUUUCUUUCUCCUUUUACCGUUUGCAAGCAACUUUCUGAUGUGAAUGUGUGUGCCUCGGUAUCUCAGUAAACAACAGAAUAAGUGCACACUCUUUGUCAUUUCAGCAUAUGUGAGGGGAAAAUGUAUCACUUGAAUGAACAAAUGUCUGUUCAUGCAUAAGCAUGAUCUCCUUACAGAUACAUGAAACGUUUUUCCAUAGCGCCAACAGGCAAACAUCUGCUAAUUCUAUAUUUUAAUGUAAAGUAACCUACGGAAAUACUCAGAAUCUGCUUUUCAACAUAUUAUUAAAUAUAUAUUGAAAUUUUUAUGUGCCUUUCAACAUUUCCUAUGAAGAAAUCUCAUGUGUUCCUUAGCUCUCUCACCAAAAGUCUAAUAAUGGCUUUGUCAUUAAAGUGAAAUUUACACUAAAAACAUAAUAAUCAGUUCUAAUUCCUGAUACAUUUUCAGCUGUGCCAGAAAUCCUGUAUCUGUAGCAGCCAGAAGAAUUUGAUAAUAUUUUCCCAUAUUACAGUGAAAGGAAUUACAGUCAGAAAUAUGUCUUCCUGGUAAACCUCUACAAUUAUGUAGUUAAGUAAAAAACCAUAACAACUGUGACUAUAGUUAAUAUAACAAAAUAUAUUUAUUGUACAUAUUCACCUCUUACACAGAUAUUCUAAAAGCAUAUUCUAUCUGAAACCAGAAGGUCUAGUUUUUUAUGAAAUCUAUUUGUGGAGACAUGGUGUUUUCAGCUUUUACUGUUAUUUAUCUGAUGCUGCAUAAUGCAUAUCGUUAAAACUUUGGAUGGAUUUAAUCUGUCUGCACAGUUUAUAUCAUGAGAUAAAAGUGCUCACUGUAAGGAAUACCUGAAGAAAAUUACUUUUACCUUCCAAUUACACUGCAUGGCUUUUUGGCAAAUCAUCAGUAAUUCUGUUUCCUGUAUGCACUUCAUGUGUACAUGUUCUGAAUAUAUGAAAGGAUUACUUACUGAAAUGAAAAUAUUUUUGAGCACUGAAAUUAAGGUUUUUCAAAUAUAAAUAGUUUAAGGUAAAUAUAGUCAAUUUUGCUGUAAAAUAAAAAACCCUAGCCUUAUGUAGAGCUGAUCAGGUUUUUUUUUUUUUUUAAAUGGAAGAUGGUGACAUUUUUCAAAAUGAAACAUGUUCAGGGGAACUUACCUGUUUCAAUAGGAAGGUUUUCUCAGGUUCAGCUUAUAUGAGAGAAUUGCCCUAAAACAGUUAAGUGGUGAGAGUACUUCCUUAAAUCAGUGUAUGGACUUGAAUGUAGGUCUUCCGUGAUCAAAGUGAAUACUGAGCUAUGAAACCAUUGGCUAUUCGUUGGACUCUUUCUUUAUCCAACUUAUAAAUAUGGCUUUUAAAUUAUUUUACAGAGAGUUUUUUUGACCCUGGAUUUCCUCAUGUUGUAUGAAUAUCCUUUUUAUUCAGCUAUCCUGGCUUUUGUUUGAGCUUUCUGUUGUUGAGAAAGGUCUGAUUUUAUUUUUAUGCAACAUAGGAAGAUUAUUUUACAUUACAUUUUUGGGGCGAAGGCAGGAAAACUGUUUUCCUUUCAAUUUUAUUUUUUUAAUAUUAAACAACAGCAUUGCUUGAAAUAACACAUGCACUAGCGAUUCCAAAGAAUAUAGCUAAGAAAAAUGUCAAAUGUGAGAUGUGCUUUUUUAAAAACAUAUGUGCUUUGAUUUAGUAAGGCAGAGAGAAAGUCCUAGUCUCCAGUGCAAGCGUAUUAAUACCAGGGAUUUCUUUCUAUGCAAUAUUGUGGUGCAACUGGGUUUUUUAGGGAUUAACUUGAUUGGUGAGUGUAUUGGUGUGUGUGUAUAGAAUAUUCUGUUAAAAGUGUCAUUAAGGAAACUGUAUGUCUUAAAUAGUCUUAUAUCUUUAGGCUCUUUUUUGUCCAGUCUGACUUCACGAAAUCAUAAUAAUACUCCUUUGAGUAAUAGUAACAAGACAAUGUUUCACAAAAUUGCAUAAUGAAGUGUCACGCAUUAUACUUUACUCUCUAUCGCCUUCUAGGGCAAAAAGUUGUGUUACUGUUGUAGUUUUAAAAUUUUUGUAUUUCUGUAUCUUAAAAAUAAGCCAAAUUGUAUUAUACUUUUAAACUCAAAGAGCUAAUAUAUAUGUUUUUAAAGCUGAUCAAAAAUAGUAAAAUUAAAAUUGGUUGGGAUUACUUGUAAAUCCAGUUUCUAAACUGUGGUGUAACAAAUGUUUGUGUAUAUCCUGUAACUGGGUUCAUGGAGGUGCACCCUGACAAGAAGUUCAUGCAUUUUAAGAUUGAUACAAAACGAGCUCUACAUGGGUGCAAAACCUGCCUACAUCUGGACAUGAAUCCAUGUUGUAAGGCAGGGAAAUUGACUGCUGUGACAGAAAAUUACUGUUCUUGGAAUGGUUUAAACAAACCUAACUCCUCCCUUAUAGUGUUACACAGAUUAUUUCUCUUUGUAAUGGAGAUGCUGUCUGUUGAAGACAGUGUUUAACAUGCAAGUUUUUAUUACUGUUUCUUUGAUUUAACUUGGCUUUGUUUAAAAAAAAGAAGUUAAAAAAAGGUUGUUCCUUAACUAUGUACUUAACGAGUACCUUACUUUUGGUUGUAGUUUCUUCUGCUAUGUUUAUAUUUCACCAAGUAAUGUUUGUUUCUAAUGUUUGUAAAAGUAAUGUAAUAUCACCCAAAGUUCAAAAUCAAUGUUUUCUAAUAAUGCCUUGUAAUUUACCUAGCCUUACAAUAUUUCAGACGAUUUUCCACCAAAACCGCAUCUAGUCACUGGUUGUCACAAUUAUGAAAAAUAUAUAUUUAUAAACCUGUAGCUUCUAGCUGUCAUUAAAGAUUAAUGAUACAAAUUGUGA